AUGAAUGAUUUACUGAAAACAUUGUCUAAAGAUUUAUGUCAACUUCUUGACAUAGCAGAUGAAUAUAAUGUAUUGAUCACUGUCGGUACUGAUGAAAAUAUAAAAACUUUCAAAGCUCAUACUGUAAUCUUGCGUUCUCGUUCUGCCUAUUUUCGUUAUGCUUUAUCGGGUGAUUGGGCCAGAAAAGAUCAUAUUGUAUUUAAUAAGCCAAACAUUUCACCAGAGGCAUUUGAAGUUAUUUUGAGAUAUAUUUAUGGUGCGACUAUUAAUCUAUCAGCAAUUGACAUGCUGACACUCCUUGAAAUUUUAAUUGCCUCCGACGAGCUUUGUCUCGCCGAGUUAACCAAUUAUGAAACAUGGUCAGAAGAAUCAUUUGAAAACUUAAAAGAAAUUUUAGAUCAGUAUAUUCCUCAUAUCAACUUUACUGCAAUUUCUUCGAGUGAUUUUUAUCAUAAGAUUCUACCGUUUAAACGUAUUCUUCCAACGGAAUUAUUCGAUGAUUUACUUAAAUUUCAUUUAGCACCUCAUAUUAAUCCAUCUCAUCCAAUUUUACGUUCACCAAAGAGAAAUCAACAAAUUCAAUCAAUUUUUAUCAAUCAUAUUCAUGCAGCUUGGAUAGAUGUUAAUAAAUCUAUUGUUAGCAGAAUAGAGUACCCUAGCAAAGCAAUUAGGAAUACACAUGGACCUUCAUUUGGUGAUGGUGAUUUGUGGGUAAAAGUUACAGCUCAUUUAACUAAUAAUAUUACCCUUCCUAGUUUUUGUAGACAAAAAAGUUAUGAGAAAAAAAUUACUGAGUUUGAAAAAUUUUAUGUGGAAGAUUAUGAAGUUUUUCAGAUUAUUAAAAAAACAACGGCCAUUUAUCUCUGA